UAAACUCCGCCCCUGUCCUCUGAUAGGGCACGGUGACAGAGGUGGUCAAUGAGGGCGCGGGGCUUUACCUGCUGGACAGGAAGGUGGGGCUUUGCCUGGCCUAUCAGCCGCCAGCAAGGAGGAAGCUGAGACCCGGAGAUCAGGUGGAGCUGCAUCAGGUCCACUUCCUGUACCGACCGAGCCCUGACUUCCCUCCCAGCAUGCUUUGCUGCUGCCUCGGCUCCUCCCUCAGGGUGUCGGCCUUCAGCCGGGUGGGCGGAGCCUCCAAAGAAUCCCGUUGCCCUGGAGACGGAGUGUUGCCACGGUUACUGCUGCAGAGCAACAGAGGAGUGGACCAGUACCUUUGGACCUGCAGCCUGGCCUGCCAGCUGGCCCACAGUCUGGUCCCUGCUGAGCCGCUCCAUCCUCCUCUUCAUCCUCCUCUUCCUCACUGCGUCUGUCUUCUGUCCUGGAAACUAUCAGAGAUGCUGUGGACACAGAGAGGACGAGGACAGAGAGACAUCUACUCUGAGAUGUUGGACAGGCCUCACCGCUGUCCUCUGGACCAGUACCAGGUGGACCCGUCCGUCCCUCAGCUCCUCAGUGUCUCAGAUGUCCUCCAGUCCCUGCAGUCGUCCUCUCUGCUGCCCCCUGGUGUGCUCAGCUCAUCUCAGGUCAACUCUGGUCUCUCCUGGUCCUGCAGGAUGCUGACCUCUGACCCCAGGAGAGGAGACAGUCUCAGGCCCCGCCCCCUUUUAGGGUCUCAUGCAUAG